AUGUCAAGAUUGAUUUGUGAUAAUAUUAAAAAUGCAAAUCUUGUUUCUGAGGAUUUGCUAUCAAAUAGUAUUGUUUAUAGAGAUUUUUUAAAAAGAUAUCACAAACCAAUCUUUAACAUCAUCGAGAAUUAUAAUUGUAUUAAUGAAUUAUAUUCAUAUGAUUCUGAUAUAUUUCAAGUUGAAUUAAGUAUUUAUAAAAAGGAAUUUAUUAGUUCACGUAUCAAACAUGGAUAUGCAAGCACACAAAAUCUUCAGAAUAAUAAUAAGAAAUUUUACAAUGCACUAAGUUCUUUUUUAACUCAAUUAGAAAUUGUUAGUGUU